AUAGCCCGUCCCAAAGCUGUCCUCUCUCUCACAACGCAUCUCAUCUCUUCACCCUCGAAAAAAAAAUCCCUUUAACUUACCUUCUCUUACCCCUUCCAUCGGUUCUUUGUGCUCCUCCCCCUCCCACCUUCCUCUCUCUCCCCCCAAUUUUGCAUGGCCCCUCGUGGGUGAUACCGUGUCCUCGAUUUACCCACCUCUAACUCCCGGAUAAUACGACCCUUGUCUCCCCUCCGGUCGUCAAUACUGGGUCUCCCUCGAUCCCGGCAUUCGCGCGCGCCGGCCUUGUCGCUGAGAAUCGCAACAUUCAGUCUCAGCGCCCGAUGAGACUGCGCUUGGUGAUUUGUUCAAGUCUUCUUUAAUAUCAGAAUCAUCGCUUUUUAAAUCACCACGCAAGGUGAAUUCGGCCUCGACAACCCGGAUGCUCGUUCGCCCUGAAUUGCAACAGGUUCUCAUUCAGUUUUAUGCCCUACUGGGCGCAACAGUAGCCUAGAUGGCUUCCGUGCAAUUUACCGGGGACGAUCAUAAUGAGGGUGGUCAUGAGAGCAACGAAGUUCAGGAGGUUAGCAGCAACAUCUCCAAACCGACCAAACGCCAAAGAUGGGCCACCACGCGCCAUACGGGCUCCGGCGGCGUGCGGAAACGUGUCUCCAUCAUCGAUCGGUUUCACAAGCGCUCGGAAGUGAGGGAUGAGAAGCGCAAGUCCGCAACUCCGAGCACUCCGGCCGACACCGCGUCCACCAACGGCGACAACAGCCAGUCUUCGGGUAUCAACCGAACGAUCUAUUUCAACUUGCCAAUCCCGGAAUCCGAACGAGACGAGGAUGGUCACCUUAUUCAUAACUAUCCUCGAAACAAGAUUCGUACCGCCAAAUAUACAGCUUUAACAUUCGUACCCAAGAACAUCUGGCUACAGUUUCACAACAUUGCGAACAUCUACUUCUUGUUCGUCAUUAUUCUUAACUUUUUCCCGAUUUUCGGUGCCAACAACCCCGGUUUGAACGCCGUUCCCCUGAUCGUCAUUAUCGUCGUGACCGCCAUUAAAGACGCCAUCGAAGAUUGGGGCCGGACUGUGUCGGACAACCAAGUGAACAAUUCCCCUGUUUAUCGCCUUGUUGAAUGGAACAAUGUGAAUUCGACCGAAGAUAAUAUUUCUCUAUGGCGGCGAACCAAGAAAGCGUCGACUCGGAGCGCCCUUGCAACGUACCGCUGGUGCAAGAAGGUUUUCGCUAAGAAAAGGGAUCAGGAGGGCGAUCUCGAAGAGGGAGAACGACGUGAUUCUUUCCUCACAACAGGGACCCAGCGAGCUUCGGUAUAUUCGCACCGCGACUCUCUUGCCAUCGAUGCUGGUAUCCCAAUGACCGAGGUUCCUUCACCUCAAGCUGAAGUCCGAGAAGACUGGCCUAUCCAGAGCGUUUCCGAGAACAAGUAUCUUUCUCCCAACAGCGCUCUUCGAGAAAGUGUCAUGUCGCCCACUUCGCUCGACAAGAAGACCGGAAGCGUUCUUGACAAGACGAAACAGACACCGGGAACCGCUCGUUUCAAGCGGGACUAUUGGAAGAGUAUCCAAGUCGGCGACUUUGUGCGUCUCUACAACGAAGAUCCAAUUCCGGCCGACAUCGUGAUUUUGUCCACCUCCGACCCCGAUGGCGCCUGUUAUGUUGAAACGAAGGGUUUGGAUGGUGAGACGAACUUGAAGGUCCGCCAGGCGCUUCACUGCGGUCGCCAAGUUCGACAUGCUCGCGAUUGUGAGAAGGCUGAAUUCACGAUCGAGAGUGAAGCCCCUCACCCUAAUCUGUAUGCUUACAACGGUGCAAUCCGUUGGGACCAACGGGACCCGAACUUCCCGGAUGCUCCCCGCAAGGAGAUGGUCGAGCCCGUGACAAUUAACAAUAUGCUGCUUCGUGGCUGUUCUCUGCGCAGUACUGAGUGGGUUCUUGGUGUCGUCGUCUUCACUGGUGGUGAAAGUAAGAUCAUGCUCAACUCUGGUGCAACCCCUGCCAAGCGCGCUCGCCUGGCCAAGGAACUGAACUGGAACGUCAUCUACAACUUCAUCAUUCUGUUCAUCAUGUGUCUGCUUGCGGGCAUCGUGAACGGUGUCGCAUGGGCUGCUCCGGAUAAAUCGUUGGACUUCUUCGACUAUGGGUCCUACGGUGGCACGCCCCCCGUCACGGGUAUCGUCACCUUCUGGACAGCUCUGAUUUUGUUCCAGAAUUUGGUUCCUAUCUCGCUGUACAUCUCCCUGGAAAUCGUCCGCACUAUUCAGGCCGUCUUUAUCCACAGCGACCUCUACAUGUACUACGAAAAGCUUGGGCUCUAUUGUGUGCCCAAGUCAUGGAACAUCUCGGAUGACGUGGGACAGGUCGAGUACAUCUUCUCCGAUAAGACCGGUACUCUAACACAGAACGUCAUGGAAUUCAAGAAAGCCACCAUCAACGGCGUGGCCUACGGCGAGGCAUACACCGAAGCUCAAAUUGGCAUGAGACGCCGUGAGGGGGCAAAUGCUGAUGAAGAAGCCGCCGUAGCUCGUGCACAGAUCGCGGCUGACGGAAAAAAGAUGCUGGAAAUGCUGCGUCGUAUCCAUGACAACCCCUACCUGAAAGAUGAAAAUUUGACUUUCGUUGCUCCCAAUUUUGUCGCAGAUAUCGAAGGGCAAUCCGGCCAGACGCAAAAGGCAGCCGCGGAACAUUUCAUGCUCGCUCUAGCUCUGUGUCACUCUGUCAUUACCGAACACACUCCGGGUGAUCCUCCCCAGAUUGAGUUCAAAGCCCAAUCACCCGAUGAAGCCGCAUUGGUUAGCACUGCUCGCGACUGUGGCUUUACCGUUCUUGGUCGUGCCGGUGAUGAUCUUCUGUUGAACGUCAUGGGCGAGGAACGCACUUACACUGUCUUGAACACUCUUGAGUUCAACUCCUCGCGGAAGCGUAUGAGCGCAAUUAUCCGCAUGCCGGAUGGCACGAUUCGUCUAUUCUGCAAGGGUGCCGACAGUAUCAUCUACUCGCGUCUGGCCCGUGGCAAGCAGCAGGAGCUCCGACGCCAAACAGCCGAGCACCUCGAGGAAUUCGCCAAAGAAGGACUUCGAACACUGUGCGUUGCUGACCGUCUUCUUAGCGAAGAAGAGUAUCAAACUUGGAACCGGGAGCAUGACAUUGCCGCUGCUUCAAUCACCGAGCGCGAAGAGAAAAUGGAAGAGGUUGCAAGCAAGAUCGAGCAGGAGUUAAUGCUCAUUGGUGGAACCGCCAUUGAGGAUCGUCUGCAAGAUGGCGUGCCAGACACCAUUCAGCUGCUCGCGGAUGCUGGUAUCAAGCUGUGGGUUCUGACUGGUGACAAGGUUGAGACUGCAAUCAAUAUUGGAUUCUCGUGCAAUCUACUCAACAACAACAUGGAUCUGAUCGUCCUCAACAUCCCGGAGGGUCAGCACGAGCAAGCGGCCAAGGAACUUGACAAGAAUCUCCAGACUUUCGGCUUAACUGGUUCCGACGAAGAGCUCAUUGCUGCUCGUGAGGAUCACACCCCACCAGAACCCACCCACGCCGUUAUUGUCGACGGGGAAACACUCAAGAUGAUGCUUGACGACGAGCUCAAGCAGAAGUUCCUUCUGCUUUGCAAGCAAUGCAAGGCUGUUCUCUGCUGCCGUGUCAGUCCUUCUCAGAAAGCUGCCGUUGUGAACAUGGUCCGUCACGGUCUGAACAUCAUGGGCCUGGCUAUCGGUGAUGGUGCCAACGACGUCGCCAUGAUUCAAGAGGCAGAUGUCGGUGUGGGUAUCGCCGGUGAGGAGGGUCGACAAGCCGUCAUGUCCUCGGACUAUGCUAUCGGACAGUUCCGCUUCCUUCAACGCUUGCUCCUUGUCCACGGAAGAUGGUCCUAUCGUCGUCUAGGAGAGUGUACUGCCAACUUUUUCUACAAGAACUUGGUCUGGACCUUCGCUCUCUUCUGGUACUGUUGCUUCAACGACUUCGACGGCUCUUAUCUCUUCGACUAUACCUAUAUCGUCCUGGUCAACUUGGCGUUUACCUCGCUGCCGGUUAUCUUUAUGGGUAUCUUUGACCAAGACGUCGAGGACCGGGUCUCUCUUGCCGUACCUCAACUGUAUAUGCGCGGUAUUGAGCGCAAGGAGUGGUCGCAGCUCAAGUUUUGGAUGUACAUGUUCGAUGGCUUGUAUCAGUCUGUGAUCUGCUUCUUCAUGCCUUAUAUGCUAUACCAGGCAGCCAACUUUGCUACUGCAAAUGGUCGAGACAUUGCUGAUCGAACCCGUAUGGGUGUUUUGGUUGCCACUUGCGCCGUCAUCGCCAGCAAUGUCUACAUCAUGAUGAACACCUACCGCUGGGACUGGUUCACCUGCCUGAUUAAUGCAAUCAGCUCACUCCUGAUCUUCUUCUGGACUGGAAUCUAUACGUCUUUCACAGCAGCCGGGCAGUUCUAUGAUGCGGCGAGUGAGGUCUAUGGUGCUCUCAGCUUCUGGGUUGUGCUAUUUGUAACAAUCACGAUUGCCUUGCUCCCCCGCUUCAUGUACAACGCGACCCAGAAGGUGUUCUUCCCCCUGGAUGUGGAUAUCAUUCGCGAGCAGGUUACUCUCGGCAAAUUUAAGCACCUGGAACAGUUCGAAGAUUACGUGCCUCCAAAUGUGGGUGCGGCCGCGAUCGUUAGCUCGGCGACCUCCUCGGAGCUUGCUAAGCCAAUUCAAACAGCAGUGAAGCAGGACCAACCCGACCCGGAGGGAGCUCAACGGUACUACGCACCCUCUCAGCAUACCAAUGGUCACAACCCUCGCAGCCAGAAUGGUAGCAACGGCACAAACUACACCGAGAGCUUGGACCAAUGUCCACGACCCCAGUCGGUGGACUACGUCCGUCGUUCCCACGACCGAACGCGGCACUCCUUUGAACGGGUUCGGCAGAGCUUUGAGCAGAGCAACGAUUUCACCUCAGCAGCUCGGCUUCAACGGAUGGAAUCAAGCCAUACUCAAGCUUCCAACCAAGAUCCGUUCCGCUCUCCAGGCGAGCCUCCUGCCCAUAUGAUUUGAGGGUUUACCCCAAUGGCUUUGCAUAAAGAUAGCGUUGACGACCCGUCAUUAACGACUUUUCCUCUCCCCCUUUUCACUAGGCUAGUGCCACCUAGCCUGUGAAUCUCUGUUCUAUUGCCCUCUACCCUUCCCAUCUUCAUGAGCAAUAUGCUGCGGUGUUUUUUGUGACUUUCUUCUCUUUUCUUUAAAUUUCUUUCCAGCCUUGAUAUUCCCCCUGAUAGAAAGCAGGCGUUCGGUAUACUACAGUCGGUCGGAGGCUUGGCGCAUUUCCUUACCCCCUUUUUGGUUUCCAACCCCAGCCUCGUUCUCUUUACACUACAUGGGAGUCCCUCCGUUCUCCUACCUGUUCACAUGUUUCAUAGUGUCUACUGGCCCUUUGUACAAAAGCGUUCCUUGUCUCCUUGCAACUACGCAAGACAAUUCGCAUUUGAUGGCUUCCCCGCUCUUCCUUUCUCUUAUUCUGUGAUUCCCGCUAGCUGGGGUUAUAUUCCCCUUGAAUUCUUUUUCCUUGACGUUUUUUUCUUCUCUUUGCUAGUCUCUGGUAUCUAUCUUGUUACUUUUGCUGGGGCUGAGCAGGCAUGGCCCGGGGAUGACAUACUUUAUUCUAUUCCACGGCCUCCAUGAAGGAAAGUUACUUAAUGCGAAUAUUACAUGAAUGCCUUUAUUGCG